AUGCUUGCUGUGAAGUCCUGCAACUCAAUUAAGGAGAAGCCAAAUGUUGCUCCUGUUGUAAGAGCAUGUUCUUCGUCGAGAUAUUUGAUAAGAAAUGCUGCACCAAGCAAGUCUGAGGGGAAGGAAAAAUCAGUGAGGUAUAGAAAGUUUUCGAAUAUAGCAGCAUCUCUUGACAGUAGAUGGCCAGUGAGAAGACUUGAGUUCACUGCAGAUGUGAUUGUUGGUGCAUUGAAAGAAAAGAAAGCAACAAACAGAUUUGGGAGUUGUGGUAUGAGUAGGCAGGAGGCGCGUGAGGCUGCUCGUCUCCACAUUGGCAAUACGGGGUUGAUUGAUUAUAUUCUGAAAUCGAUGAAUAAUGUGAUUGUUGGAGGCUAUGUUGUUCGUCGUGCAGUGAAUCGAGCUACCAGGGUGUUGGAGUACACGAUUCAGGAGCUUCGGAAUUGUGAUCAACCUGAACAAGAAAAGCACCCGGAGCCAGUUCAGAACUAUGCUGUUAAUCCUGGAACUGAUGUUUACAGUGAUGUUUUAUGCUUGUAUAAUAAUCUGCUAUUGAGCUUUGCAGAAUCUAAUGUGCUAAAGCUAGCUGUUAGGACAGUUUUGGAUAGUAAGCAUUUUGUGAAGGAAUGGCCAUUUAGGGAUGAUCCAGAUGAUAUAUUGCUGAGGUUCAUUUGUUGCAUUUUGCCGAGUUCUAGUGGUUUGGAAGCUGUACUUAGAAAGGGAUAUCCCCUCGGAGAACUGGUUGAAGUUCCGCUACAUUCCACAAUUGGUGAUCUGAAAAUAGCUAUUGAGUCUGCAACGAGGGACACUUAUUGUAUUAUGGACAAUUUUAUGGUAACAGAUAUUGUAGGGAUGGAAAAAAUGGGAGAUUGUGAAGUGCUCUUUGGCAUUGUCGAGUCUGGCUCAGAACUUUGUGUGAGGGGUUUUGGGUUGGAUUUGGAGAGUGAGUUAAAAAAUGAAGGAGGGGCUAAUAAUUGGACAGUUAACUGUAGGUGUGGGGCUCGAGACGAUGAUGGUGAAAGGAUGGUUUCAUGUGAUAUAUGUGAGAUAUGGCAGCACACUCGCUGCUGUGGGAUCGAAGAUUCUGAGGUUGUGCCACUGUUGUUUGUGUGUGAGGCUUGUUGCACUUCACUUGCACCACCAAGAGCACAGAACAACCUUGAGUUUGGUCAUUAUGCGACAUCACUAGUGCCUUGUGAUUCUGAAUUUGGCAUGGACCUGAUAUACUGA